UCGAGAAAUAAAGAAGAAGAAGCAUCAAAAACAGAGAAGAGAGACGCAAACUACACAGAGGAUACGUCAAGGCCAGCAACAAAAGAACGCGUCAUCAACAGGGCUCCGAGAAAUAGGAAAGUCGGCCAAUCAUUUAGAAAAGGGCACAGGAGUACAGUAAAUGCAGAUCACAAUUCAACUGAGCAUCUUGGCACUCAGACGUUAGAGGACAUUUUUGGGAACGGUGUCCGGGACAGCGAACCAGAAGAAGAAUUAUCAAGAGAAACAGCGGUGACGAUGGAAACAGAAGAAGGGCGGCUGAAGCGCAUCAUAUCGCUUAUGAGACACAUUCCGGUAUUUUCAGGAGAGGGCGAUGUUGAACCAUUUAUCGAUGCUAUUGAAUAUUGUACUCCGAAGUUAAAAGCCGGAGAUGAAGGAACCUUCAUUUUCGAAUUAGCGUCCAGACUUUCAGGCGUCGCGGUUUGUAGUAUGAGAACAGUCAUGAAAACAGCGGAAACAAUUGAUGAAGUUAGAGAAAAAUUGCGACAAAAUUUUGGGCGUACCGAGGAGUUUUUCGCAAUAUUAAAUCGGCUAACAAAAGUAUUGCAGGAAGAGAGGGAGAGCGUAGCAAAAUUCGGGGCGCGAAUAGAAAGUAUGAGAAGUCAAGCAACUAACAAAAUUGACAGGAGCGCACUGCCAGCGGAUCAAAAACAAUAUCGGAAGAAUGAUCUAAAUGCAGCAGCCCUAGAAACAUUCGUUGUAGGACUUGCACCGCAGCUAUCAUUU